UGGUAUUGUCCACAGCGCCGUGACCACCCGCUCCGAACCCGGCGCGAGCGACAAGCCAGCACCAGCGGCGGCGGCAGCAGCAGCAGCAGCAUUGCCCCUGCUAAACAUCCGGGUGCUGCCCCGACUGCGCAGACUCCGCGCUGCAGCUGCGUUUCCGUGUUAGCGAAGGGGGGGCUUAUGGGGGGGGAGAGAAGGGAAACAGCCUGGCAGAGCGAGAAAGCAGAAGAGACGCAGCGGGACACGGACUCAGGAAAGACCGCACUGAGACACUGCAGCCAAAUAACCAACAAAUAGAGAGUCAUCGCUUUAAAAAAAAAAAAAAAAAAAAGAACCUCGUCAGCGAUCGCAACCUGAGAACUGACGGCCAAAGAUUUUGACAUGGAGACUGCAGUGACAACACACUCUUAACAUGUGAGAUUUACAGAGUAAAACAGAAGAGAGCGAGUGUGUGGCUGUCCCCCCACCCCCCCUCCCGUCCGUUUACUGGUGAUCUCCUUUUUGUGGUAUAUCAUCGUCUCUGUGUUUUUGGGGGAAAAUGAAGAAGUUUAACAUCAGGAAGGUGUUGGACGGCCUGACGGCUGUGUCCUCCUCCACUGCGUCGCCUCAACCUGGAAACCGGGAGAAUGAUUUGAUCCAGGAGACCCUCCAAUCCGAGCACUUUCAGCUCUGCAAGACCGUCAGGCACGGGUUCCCAUAUCAACCCUCCUCCAUGGCCUUUGACCCCGUUCAGAAAAUCUUGGCCAUCGGGACCCAGAACGGAGCUUUGAGGCUCUUCGGACGUCCCGGCGUGGAAUGCUACUGCCAGCACGACAGUGGAGCAGCGGUAAUACAGCUUCAGUUCCUGAUCAACGAGGGGGCGCUCGUGAGCGCUCUGGCCGACGACAGCGUUCACCUCUGGAACCUGCGGCAAAAGCGGCCCGCCAUUCUCCAUUCCCUCAAAUUCAACAGGGAAAGGAUAACCUUCUGCCACCUGCCUUUCCAGAGCAAAUGGCUGUAUAUCGGUACGGAACGGGGAAACAUUCACAUCGUGAACGUGGAGUCGUUCACCCUCUCAGGCUACGUCAUCAUGUGGAACAAAGCCAUCGAACUAUCCUCUAAGGCCCACCCGGGACCAGUCGUGCACAUAAGCGACAACCCAAUGGAUGAAGGAAAGCUCAUAAUUGGAUUCGAGUCUGGAAUAGUGGUGUUGUGGGACUUGAAAUCAAAGAAAGCAGACUACCGCUACACCUACGACGAGGCGAUCCACUCGGUGGCCUGGCACCACGAGGGGAAGCAGUUCAUCUGCAGCCACUCGGACGGCACCCUGACCAUCUGGAACAUCAAGUCACCCGCCAAGCCCGUGCAGACAAUCACCCCACACGGAAAGCAGCCCAAGGAUGGGAAGAAGCCAGAGCCCUGCAAACCCAUCCUGAAAGUGGAGUACAAGACCACCAGAGCGGGGGACCCGUUCAUGAUCCUGUCCGGGGGCCUGUCCUACGACACGGUGGGCAGGAGGCCGUGUCUGACGGUGAUGCACGGCAAGAGCACCGCCGUCCUGGAGAUGGACUACCCCAUCGUGGACUUCCUAACGCUGUGCGAAACGCCAUAUCCAAAUGAUUUCCAGGAACCUUAUGCUGUAGUCGUCCUUCUAGAAAAGGAUUUAGUAGUUAUCGAUCUUGCACAAAAUGGAUACCCCAUAUUUGAGAACCCGUACCCGCUCACCAUCCACGAGUCCCCGGUGACGUGCUGUGAGUACUUCGCUGACUGUCCCGUGGACCUCAUCCCCGCCCUGUACUCCGUGGGCUCCAGGCAGAAGCGGCAAGGCUACAGUAAAAAGGAGUGGCCCAUCAGCGGCGGUACCUGGGGUCUUGGGACACAGAGCUACCCAGAGAUCAUUAUCACCGGGCAUGCAGAUGGGUCAGUAAAAUUCUGGGAUGCUUCUGCAAUAAUGCUGCAAGUGCUGUACAAGCUGAAGACGGCCAAGGUGUUCGAGAAGGCCCGGAACAAGGAGGACAAGCCCAACACGGACAUUGUGGACGAGGACCCCUUCGCCAUCCAGCUCCUGGCCUGGUGCCCCGAGAGCCGCAUGCUGUGCGUGGCCGGCGUCUCCGCCCACGUCAUCAUCUACCGGUUCAGCAAACAGGAAGUGGUCACGGAGGUGGUGCAGCUCCUGGAGGUGCGGUUGCAGUACGAGCUGAAUGAAAUGGACUCUCCGGAGGUGGGGGGGGACCAGCCGCCAGCCCUGCCCACCCCUGGAGCCACGUCCAGCCCCCAGUCCCACCCCUCCACCAGCAGCAGCUCCUCAGACGGGAUCCGGGACAACGUCCCCUGCCUAAAGGUCCGCAGCACCCCUCUGAAGCAGUCUCCGGGGUACCAGGUGGAGCUCGUGGUUCAGCUGGUCUGGGUCAGCGGGGAGCCACCUCAGCAAAUCACCAGCCUGGCCAUCAACUCCUCCUACGGGCUCGUGGUUUUCGGCAACAGCAAUGGCCUUGCCGUUGUCGACUACCUACAGAAGACUGUUCUACUGAACCUGGGAACGAUCGAGCUGUACGGGUCCAACGACCCUUACCAGAGGCAGCCGAGGUCCCCCCGGAAAACCAGACAGCCGUCUGGAGCAGGUCUGUGUGACAUUAACGAGGGCUCCAGCACCUCAGAGGACCGCUGCAAGUCGCCCACUUCAGAACCGGCCUCGGCAUGCAGUUCCGACGAGGACCAUAAACAGCCUAAUUUUAUAGAAAGGGUGAAGAGCAAAAGCCGAAAGUUUUCCAAGACGGUGGUCACUGACCUAGUGCUGACGUCAAACCCUCAGCAAUUCUACAAUGGAGGAGGUAGAGGAGCAAAGAUGUCACGGAAAUUAAGCUUGCCUACUGAGCUAAAGCCAGACUUGGCAGAGCAGAGGCGGAGGCGCCAGCGGUCCCUCCCCUACAAGAAGCGCCCACAGUGUUUGGAGGAGGGGGCGGAGCCAGGAGAGUCACCUCAAGGAGGGGCGGUCCACAGGACUUUCUCCGCCCCUCUGUCCUACAACCGGGAUAACUCGUUCAGCCGCUCCCGGAGCUCCAGCGUGACCAGCAUCGACAAGGAGUCGCGCGAGGCCAUCACCUCCUUCCACUUCUGCGAGGCCUUCACGCGCAAGACCGACAGCGCCGCCACGCCCGGCCUGUGGGUGGGCACCUCGCUGGGCACCGUGCUGGCCAUCGCCCUCAACCUGCCCCCGCCCGGGGAGCAGAGGCUGCUGCAGCCCGUCAUCGUCUCCCCCUGCGGCACUUUGAUAAGGCUGAAAGGGAGCAUUUUGAGGAUGGCCUUCCUGGACGCCACGGGGUCCUUCCUGCCGCCGGCCUUCGAGCCGUGGUACGAGCCCAACGCCCCGGACGACCGCGACGAGAAGGACAAGGCGCGGAAGCGGCGGCCGGUGUCGGUGUCGCCCUCGUCGUCUCAGGAGCUGAACGAGCACCAGUACGCGGUGGUCUGCUCGGAGAAGCAGGCCAAGGUCAUCGCCCUGCCCUCGCAGACCUGCAUCUUCAAACACAACAUCACCGAGGCCUCCUUCGUCCUGCGCUCCGACGUCGUGCAGAUGAGCGCCGGCAUGUGCGUGGCCUGCUUCUGCGCCAACGGACACAUCAUGACGUUAAGUUUACCAGGCCUAAGACCACUGUUGGAUGUAAAUUACCUGCCCCUGACCGACAUGCGGAUAGCCAGAACGUUCUGCUUCACCAACAACGGGCAGGCCAUGUACCUGACCUCUCCCACGGAGAUCCAGCGAAUAACAUACAGCCAGGAAACCUGCGAGAACCUACAGGAGAUGCUGGGAGAGCUGUUUACCCCGGUGGAGACGCCUGAGGCUCCAAACAGAGGCUUCUUCAAGGGGCUCUUUGGUGGAGGAGCACAGUCUCUGGACAGGGAGGAGCUCUGUGAGUUUCACUGCCAUUACAACAUAUAACGUUUAAUAAAUCCGUGUGAAAUACCAUA